UGAUGUUAGCUGUCUGAUUUAUUCAGGGAAUUAUGACAUGACCUCUGCAUGUUUGUGUCGUCAUUUUUCGAGAAUUGCUGUGACUCACUCACUGUUCUUUACUUUUCCUGAGCCUGUUGUAUGGGCAAAGACUGGCUUGCGAGAUAAGCAAUUAUGCCAGAAUAGAAGAGGGGGUUGGUUCUUGUUAAUCUUUAACAAAACUGCCAGUAAACUUGCUCCGACUUGCUUAACAAAAUUAUGGAGUGUCAAACCCAUUGCACCAACGAGGACGUUAAUGCCCUGCUGUUCGUUGUUGUCUGGGCUGACGACCAUCACUCUGAACAUGGACAGCAUAGCAACCACCUGCUCUCUACUCCUAAUGCCGACUUUGCCUUUGCCCUUUACAAGGCUCUGAAUGCCAAGGCUGCUGAUGGAGACAACAUCUUUUAUUCUCCGCUGGGCAUCUCCACUGCUCUUGCCAUGCUGUCCGUGGCAGCGCGUGGUGAAACCCACAGCCAGCUGUUCACAGUCUUGGGCUACAGCAGCCUAAACCAGACACAGGUCAACGAAGCCUAUGAGCAUCUUUUCCGCAUGCAUGGGGACAACCAGAAGAACAUGGAGCUAGAUGUUGGCAACGCUUUGGCUCUGCGCUCCUGCUUGAAUCCACUUGAGACAUUCCAAAAUGAUGUCAGACGCUACUACCGAGGCGAGAUCUUCAAGAUCGACUUUUCUGAACCCCGCGAUGCUGCAACAGAAAUCAACACCUUCAUUGCUAAUAAAACGCGGGACAAGAUCAAAGACAUGGUGCAGGACUUGGACCCUGAAACGGCUAUGGUGCUAAUCAACUAUGUCUACUUCAAAGGACAAUGGAAGGAUCCUUUUGAGAAUGAACUGACCCACAAAGGAGAUUUCCAUUUGAACAACACAACCAAAGUCAAAGUGGACAUGUUGUCAAGAACAGCUGUUUACAAAACCUACUGGGACCAUAGCAGACAGACCAGAGUCAUCAUACUUCCCUAUAAGGGCAGCACCUCUAUGAUGAUCGUCCUACCUGAUGAGGGGAAAAUGAAGGAGGUUGAGACCCACAUUGACAAGAACUUCAUCAGACACUGGCAAAAUUCAGUUGCUAAUAGUUUUCUGGCUCUGGACUUGCCAAAAUUUUCCAUCUCUUCUGAUUUCUCCCUGGAUGACACAUUAAAAGAAAUGGGCAUGACCAUGGCUUUUGUCGACAGCGCAGAUUUCUCAGGAAUAUCUGACGAGGCUAAGAUAAAAAUAUCAAAGGCAUCCCACAAGGCAACGCUGAGCGUCACAGAGAUGGGAACAGAAGCUUCAGCCACAAGCUUUGUUGAGUUGAUUUGGCAGACCACUCCUUUACCAUUCACAGUUGACAGGCCCUUCUUGGUUUUAAUCCUGGAGAACCCCUCUGGAAGCAUCCUCUUCAUGGGAAAAAUCAACAACCCCACUGCCAUGUAAAGGUCCACGAGGAGUAAUUUGGGAAAAGAUUUGAGUUUCUCCUUUCAUAGUUAAUAUAAUAAAUUAUUCGGUCAUCGUAAACACCAUCACCUACUUGUUUUACUUGUGUUAUUUUUGUCACUAAGGGAUGUCACCUGAAUAAAGAGCAUUUUUAUCAAGA